AUGCCAGAACUUUGCGAUUCAUGUUGGAGAUUGCCUGGUCUGAAUUUCUGGAGCGUGUCAUCCCAAGUUGGUUGUCGCCUGGGAGGCCAAAGCCCGGCGCGAGGUUCUACCUGUUCGCUUUCCUUGCAGCCACGCUGGUCCACUUCGCAAUGUCAAUCUACACCCGUACGUGGUAAAUGUGCUGGUUUAUCAUCGGAGGCAUUCUCGAGGUGGUUGGCUACGCUAGACAUGUUGCUGGCGGCCUCGGCCAGUCCGUCGAGGUCUACUUGUCCCCCAUCUUCCUCACGGCUACCAUCUACAUGUGCUUCGGCAGAGUCAUAUCCUCCCUGGGAGCCAACCGCUAUGCCCUCAUUUCCGGCAAGAGACUUACAGUCUUCUUUGUUACUUGCGAUAUCAUCUGUCUUGCAACACAAUCCGCAGGUCUUGCCCUCCAAGCAGGAUUUUUUCGCUACCACAGAGCACUCAUCCAGUGGCCAGUAUAUUUCUGCGCAAACUACCUACCUCGUCAUUGCUUGCUUUGUUGUCAGAAUCAUCUUCAGAGUCGUCGAGUACGCUCAACAUUUGGGCUACAUCCUCUUCCACACUAUCUACACAUUCCGCCUGGACGCAGCCCCUAUGAUUCUUGCCAUGAUAGUGUUCUUGGUGGUGUACCAACCAUUAGCUAUUAUAGCGGAAGAAAACCAGGUUCCAGAAACUAUCGAGCUUUCCCAGAUCCCCCAUGGUCCAAGAAAGAUGGCUUGA